GACGAUUGCCCCACAAGGCUGUCUCGGGCCAUCGAAAACCGCAAAUCGCGAUGCACACGGCGCUGGUGCAAUUCGUCAGAUCGCGAUUACCCCAUAUGGUGGGGUCUUCUGGUUGUGGUAUGUGACAAACGGAAGAUUGACGUCAUGGAUGAUCGUCCGACCGUUCUUAAAUAAGUGAGCCUCUACGGUGCUCAUUACGGGACCCGAACGCUUCAAUCAAACCUGAAUUUACAACCUCCAAUACUUUAAGCAAUAUCCAACCUACAAUGUCUUCCUUCAGCAAUGCGGACACUGGCUCCAAGCCCGCGGAUCCGUACACGCAGAAGAACCUCGAUGAUUCGUCGUCUCUCAAGGAGAAGGUCGAGGACCUGCAGAACUUCAUCGACAAGGUGAAAUUCGCCAUGAUGACAACCCAGACAGCUGGCAGUGAUCUGCUCGCCUCAAGAGCCAUGGCUUUGGCUGCAAAGGAGGGCAACGGCUUCGAGCUCCUCUUCCACACCAACACCGAAUCCGGCAAGACCGACGACCUCAAGACGCACCCUUCCAUCAAUAUCGCCUUCAUCACUCCAUCCGGCGAGUGGGCAUCCAUCUCCGGCCACGCUACCGUAGAGACGGACCGCGAAGUUGUCAGGAAGCACUACUCUCCCGCACUGAAGGCAUGGAUCGGCGACCUCGGUGACGGCACGCAUGACGGCGGUCCAGAGGACCCGCGCAUUGGGAUCAUCCGUGUGAGGGCGAGCACUGUGCAGUAUGCGAUCUCGAGGCGCACAAUGAUCGGUGGAUUCGUGGAGUUGGCUAAGGGUGUCGCUACGGGAGAGUCGCCGGCGGUAAACAAGUUGAGACAGAUUUCGGAGGCGGAGAUUCAACAGUGGAAGGCCCAGUAGAGGGAUUGGCUUUGGGUUUACGAUGAUAUGACGGGACAACAGGGUGGCUUUCGACAAAAACUUCCUUGGCAUAUUUAGGUGCGAGUAUGACCAAAAGUUCUUAUCAUGUACAAAAGUACAAAUGGAUCAUGUAUUGAA